UAGAUAAUGUUAUCAUUUUUUUUUUUUAUGAACUCGUGACAUGUGAGGUCUGUUAUGUGGCUUUUAAUUUUUAUAUAAACAUUCAUGGUAAAUUAGUAACACCUAAUCUUAGCUACUUCCAAUAAUUUAAUUCAGGUGGAAGUCUCAUACAUCAAAUAUGCCUAAAAAGAAAACUGGACAGAGAAAGAAAGCAGAGAAGAUGAGGGCUCGGCAAAAAGGAAUUAGGUCAGCAAAGGACAAUUUGUCUUUGGCUAAACAUCCUUGCAAUGCAACAAUGGAAUGUGAUAAAUGCAAGAAGAAACAAAAAAAUCGGGCUUUUUGUUAUUUUUGUCAAAAUUUACAGCGUUUGCCUCAAUGUGCAAGUUGUGGUAAAAUAAAAUGUCUUAUGAAGUCAGGAGAUUGUGUUGUUAAACACCCAGGUGUCUAUACAACAGGAAUGGGACUAGUGGGUGCUAUUUGUGAUUUUUGUGAAGCGUGGGUGUGUCAUGGUCGAAAAUGCCUUACAACUCAUGCUUGUGUUUGUCCCCUUCAAGAUGCAAAUUGUGCUGAAUGUGAACGUGGAACGUGGGAUCAUGGUGGUCGUAUAUUCAUGUGCUCUUAUUGUUCAGCAUAUCUUUGUGAAGAUGAUCAAUUUGAGCACCAAGCUUCAUGUCAAGUUUUGGAUUCAGAAAAUUAUAAAUGCCAAUCAUGCAAUAAAUUAGGACAGUACAGUUGUUUGAAGUGUAAAGUGUGUUUCUGUGAUGAACACAUUAGAUGUAAACGUUUCAAGUAUUCUGAAAAAGAUAGAAAUUAUCCAUGUCCAAAGUGUUCUUAUCCAACAGCUGAAGUCAGUGAUUUAUCAUUAUCUUCUCGUAAUCAUAAAUAUGGCCGACAAACAUAUGAGGAAGGUGAUGACGAUGAUGAUGAUUCAUAUGCUUACGGAGCUGGUAGUUCUGGAGCAAACUAUGGAGGAUAUACAUAUGAUGAAGCUGAAUAUAGUGAUGAUGACGACGAUGAUUACUCUUCAGAAGAUGAUGAUGAUGAUGAUGACGAUGACGAUGACGACGAUGAAGAAGAAGAUGAAGAUGGCGACAAAGACAAAGCAAAAAUUAAAAAAUAAAUUAUCAUUAUAUAUUUGAUAGUAAUUAUAUAAAAAAAUACAAAAUUAAUCAAUCUUAUUAA